GCGGCCGCCAGCCCCUACUUCCGCGCCAUGUUCGCCGGACAGCUGCGCGAGAGCCGCGCCGAGCGGGUGCGCCUGCACGGCGUGCCACCAGACAUGCUGCAGUUGCUGCUCGACUUUAGCUACACGGGCCGUGUGGCUGUGAGCGGCGACAACGCCGAGCCGCUGCUGCGCGCCGCCGACCUGCUGCAGUUCCCGGCGGUGAAGGAGGCGUGCGGCGCCUUCCUGCAGCAGCAGCUCGACCUGGCCAACUGCCUGGACAUGCAGGACUUCGCCGAGGCCUUCAGCUGCUCGGGGCUGGCGAACGCGGCGCAGCGCUUCAUCCUGCGCCACGUGGGCGAGUUGGGCGCCGAGCAGCUGGAGCGGCUGCCGCUAGCGCGCUUGCUGCGCUACCUGCGCGACGACGGGCUGUGCGUGCCCAAGGAGGAGGCCGCCUACCAGCUGGCGCUGCGCUGGGUGCGCGCCGAUCCCCCGCGCCGCGCCGCGCACUGGCCGCAGCUGCUCGAGGCUGUGCGCCUACCCUUCGUGCGCCGCUUCUACCUGCUGGCGCACGUCGAGGCUGAGCCGCUGGUGGCCCGCUGCCCUCCCUGCCUGCGCCUGCUACGCGAGGCGCGGGACUUCCAGGCGGCGCGCUACGACCGCCACGACCGCGGGCCCUGUCCCCGCAUGCGUCCGCGUCCUUCCACCGGCCUCGCAGAGAUCCUCGUGCUCGUGGGCGGCUGCGACCAGGACUGCGACGAGUUGGUUACUGUCGACUGCUACAACCCGCAGACGGGCCAGUGGCGCUACUUGGCUGAGUUUCCAGACCACCUGGGCGGAGGCUACAGCAUUGUCGCGCUUGGCAACGACAUCUACGUGACGGGUGGGUCCGAUGGCUCCAGGCUGUACGACUGCGUGUGGAGGUACAACUCGAGUGUGAACGAGUGGACAGAGGUGGCACCCAUGCUGAAGGCCCGGGAGUACCACAGCUCCUCUGUGCUGGACGGGCUGCUGUAUGUGGUGGCCGCGGACAGCACGGAGCGCUACGACCACGCCACUGACUCCUGGGAGGCCCUGCAGCCCAUGACCUACCCCAUGGACAACUGCUCCACCACGGCGUGCCGCGGCCGGCUGUAUGCCAUCGGCUCCCUGGCGGGCAAGGAGACCAUGGUGAUGCAGUGCUACGACCCAGACACGGACCUGUGGUCGCUGGUGGACUGUGGCCAGCUCCCGCCCUGGUCAUUUGCCCCCAAGACAGUGACUCUCAAUGGACUCAUGUAUUUUAUCAGAGACGACUCUGCCGAGGUAGAUGUGUAUAACCCCACGAAGAAUGAAUGGGACAAGAUCCCGCCUAUGAAUCAAGUGCACGUGGGAGGCAGCCUGGCCGUCCUUGGAGGGAAGCUCUACGUCUCAGGAGGGUACGACAACACGUUUGAACUCUCGGAUGUGGUAGAGGCCUACGACCCUGAGACGCGGGCGUGGAGCGUGGUGGGACGGCUCCCAGAACCAACCUUCUGGCACGGCAGCGUUAGCAUCUUCCGCCAGUUCAUGCCCCAGACGCCCUUAGGUGGACGUGGCUUUGAGCUAGACAGUAGUACCAGUGACAUGGACGUGGGCCAGCCCCGGCUGCCGCAGAACCCCCAUGAGCUGCACUAGCCCCGGCCUGGCCCAGGGAGGGCCUCGAUGCAGGUAACCCAGCACCUCGGGGUGGCAGCCCCCUCCUUCGUGCCUGAGGACAGGAUGGGCUCACCAGGUGGAACAUGUGCUCUUGGGAUGCUGAGCCAGCCUCAGGAGCCGGCGCCUGGAUCAUCCUGUGCAUCUAGAAACUGAGUCACAGCUGCUGGGGCCAAAGCCGGUUGUGAAUGGCCCUCCCUUGGUCCAGGAAGAGCUGCCUCCCUACUGGCACAUGUCUCUGGCUCCAACAGGUCACCACCUCCUGCAGGCCCCAUCUCCUCCCACUGACUUGCUCCCACCAGCUGCACCCACUCCUGAGGUAUGAGUGGAGGGGGACAGGUCCUCCCAUGAGAGUCUGAGAGUGGCCUAGGUCUGCCUUUCCACAGACCCUGCUGCCCGGAGCAUUGGGAAUCAGGCAGACGAUGGCUGCAGUGGGGUCCCAAACUCCACAUCCAGUGCUGGACAUCCCAGCCGGCUGUCUCCCCAGAUGAAGGGGGCUGCACACACCAAAAAAACCCUCACAGGCGGGCCUCCAGCCAGUUAGCCCAGACCCAGGGGCACAGGGUGGUGGGACUGGUAUGGCCUUGAAGGAGGCCCAGAGGGACCUGCUGAGUGUUUGCUGUCUCUGGUGGACCUGGGCUGAGGCGGACGGUUGGUGUCUGUCUACCCCCCCACCAGCUCAUAUGUCAUUGUCCCCACCUUCCACCCCAGCUCAGAGACCUCUCUGGGUUUGUCCCCGAUGCAAGGGAGGGGUAAAAGCCUGCGGGUGCAAGGUCGCAGCUCCUUACUGGGAGGCCCGGGGAGCUUGUCUUUGAAGUCCAGCCAGGCAGACAGCUGCAGGCGCCCUUGCCCUACCAGCCUGUGGUCAAGAGUCCUGCUACUUCUAAAGCAAGCCCCGGGCAGUGUGGCUUCGUGGUUGGCUGCAAGGUUGAAAUGCAGUUUGGCCUUUCCUUAGAAGGAGGCAGUCCUGACAAGGGGGCUCAGUGUCAUUCGCGAUCUGUUACAGGGCCUCAGCAGAGCUUUCUGCAGGGUGGGGUGGGGCAGGGCUCCAAGGGGGUGGAACCCCACAGCUCAGGGGCCCAUUUUCUCUGGGAGUGUGAGCAUUUUCAUGAGUUGGGUGGUCUUGUCCCCUCAAGGUCCCCAGCAUAGCUUUGCUUGAAUUUGUCUUCCUUCGGAGAGGGGGUGUUCGCAUUUUCCUCGUUAGUGAAAUUGAAAGUAACUCUUCACCGAGCGGCCUUUUCCAGUGAACUGACAUGGAGGUGUGUUCUCACCAGAAGGUGGUGGUAACGUCGCUUCACACUUUUAAAUGCCACUUAAAUCCCUUUCAUUGGCCAGGUGGCGGUGGUUUUGGGGAGGAAGCCUUGUGGCCUUCAGGGCUUCCGGCUGGGCCCUCCUGUGUGUGGUGUCGUUGUUUUGGGUGAGACAUUGUGUCCUGGACACUCUGCUGGAGUGGCUAUAGCUCAUAGCCAGCCCUUUCCAUCCCCUCGGGCUUGUCUCCACUGUGCACCAGGCACUGUGGGGGGACAUGUGGAGGUCUGCCUGGUCCUGGGCUCCCGGAUGCCUCAGGGACGUGCUCCUGGCUCCUUAGGGGUCAGCCCCCUGCGCUGUUGCUUUCUGCCCCAGGUCUUUGCAGGGGGCAGUGCUCAGCCCUCUGCUUCUGUGGGCACCCUCCCCCGGGUCUCUGCCUUCACUCUUCCUAGUCUGAGCGGUCUCCCUGGGUGUGUUGGGUCUCAUCUGCCCCCUCUGAGUGGUCUCAGCCCUCUGCUCCCUGUCCACAUCCGUCACGUCACCUCCCAGGGCCUGCUGUGGCCUUUUUCUGGCCCAUCUGCCUGUCUGGCAGGCCUUUCCCACCCAGGUUGUGUGUGUUCUGGGUGGCUGUCUUUGGUUUCUUUGCAGGCAGAGACUACCCGGGCAUGAUGGCUUGUGACCUGUUCGUGGCAGCGGGACAGCAGGCAGGGCUGGCUGCACGGGAUUGAUUUAGCCCUGAUUAUACACCAGGCACCGAGCUCAGUGCCAGCAAGACUAUGCCCUGCUUGGUUAGUGUGGGGACUUGCCACACAGGUAGAUGUAACUGCUGUGACAGGUCAUCCGGGGGCCUCCCAGAGGAAGGAUGGAGGCCUUGGUCUACAGUCUCACAGACUCCUGGCACCCUUCCUCAGGGCUGUCUCCAGAGGGAGGGCCUUUCGGCAGCCAAGAAGGUGUGACAUUCUGUGAAUGGUGGGCAUGUGCUGUGGUCACUGAGCUCUCCCCUCCUCCUCCUCCAGGCAGGCGUGGCUGUGGCCCUGUCAAGGUCAGAGAUUUUCCCUGGGUUGUAAGGUGUCAUGUAAAGCUUUAUUGUUGAGACAGGGUUGCAAACGCUUUUCCUUGCAAAACCAGCCUUUUUGGCCUUCCGUUUAGAAGCUCCUAUGUGGCCCAGUGUACUAGGGGCCCAGUGUACCAGGUUUCUGAUCUUUCUCUUGGUACUUCACUGGCACUGGCCAUCGUGGGACUGACCACACCACUGUCUGCUGGCGGCCCAGAUGGUUGGUUUGGUGGGGUCAGUGAAGGAGAGGUUGCGUCCUCCAGGUCUCUACCCCCUAGACUGUCUUUGGUUUAAAAGACUAAGAAUGGGAAGGGGAGGCAGCAGCCUCAGCGAACAGAUAGUCCCUCCUGACCCCAGCUGGGGGGCCAGGAUCAGGGACAAGCCUUCAGAAGUGUCUGCUCCCUGCCUCCUGGCUCCCCCGGCACGGGUUCUAGGCUGUGAAGCCCCCACCUCUUGGAGAUGUCCGUACACUGACUUGGGGACAGGGGGUUGGGCCAACUAGGGAUGGGGCUGUCUCUGUGUGUUGAUUGCACACCCCUUUAUCAGUCUACAAGACAAAUUAAGUUAUGAGAAUUCAUGAUAGUAUUUAAUGCUGAUCUACGACAUAUUCUAUAUUUAUGACUUCAAACCCCCCCCUCCGGCGUCCAGCACCCAGAGGGUGGGGCAGGUUUGUGUAUUUGUCUGUUUUUAUGGGCUUACAUGUCCAGAGUCAUGUAAGGUUUUAGGAUGCCUUCAACACGUACUUUUUGAAAUAAAAAUGUUUCCUAUA